CUCAGCAGCAAUUUGUUUUAUUUGCCAUAACUUUCACAACUCGUUAGGAAAGUCCAAAAAGUUCUGAUAUUUUAACACCAUUCAAUUUACUUUAUCAAGUUUGUUUACUUUUCGAACUGCCCUACCUAAGCAACACUUACUAAUUGGCGAAGUUGGAGAAUUUUCACACCAGAACAUUUAACUGGCAACCCUUCAAAGUUAUCAAAUGCAGCUGGCUAACAAAUUUUAAUAAAAGUAACUAACAAAAAUAAAUAAUAUCUGGAACCUCAUGUUCUAGCGGAAACUCAUGAAAAUGCAGGAUAUUACACAAAUACAGAUAAACGACAACAACACGAAGUAAAAGAUGAAGAAGAAGAAGGACAUUGCAUAGGCUAAAGCUGAGAGUCUAAGUCUAAGUGGUAUAAACGAAAUGUAGGAAGUCAGGAAGUUUCAUCUGCGGUUGGCAUGAGACCCAACUGUGAAUAACAGCAGGAUGUGCGCCUCUAAGGAUGUCCAAAGACCAGCAAACAGAUGAUGGGCCGUGCGCGCGCUCUCUCGCUCCCUUUCUAUCCCUCGCUCUCUCUCUCUCUCUCUCUCCUUCGUCGUCUAGCUAGCCCGGUCUCUCGCUCUCUGCUCAGCUCGCUCAUUUCGAAUAUAUUCCAAUACGCUCUCGCUGCACAUUUUGGUGGUGGGAAAUUUUCCGUUUAGCCUAGGCAGUUGAAGAUUUUCACAAUUUUCAUCGGCUCUGAGGACUUUUCCAGACUGCUGGCCGCUCAUUGUGUCGAUUGAGUUGCUUGUGACAGGACAACGGUGUCGGAUAGUCAAAAGUUUGGCUUCUAGAGCUCAGCAUUAGCGCGCACCGACUGAAUGCAAAGGAUAUACAGACACGGGCCGUACCGCUGCUCUCUGCCCGCCGUCGCUCCACAUGCAUAGUACAUAGGCGCAAAGCGAAACUUAUGUGUGUGCCUGUGUGUGUGUGUGCGUAUGUCGCGUCGCGUGUGCGCGAGUGUGUGUGCAUGUGUGUGCGUGUGCUUGUGUGUGCCAGCAAAUGAGCACAGUGAGAAAUUGUUAAACAAAAUGCAAAAAUAAUUCAUGUUUCUGAAUGUGGCGCAAAAAUAAUACAAAUUAAAUAUUUUAACUGCAAAUGCGAAAUCAAAUCCCAAAUAUAAAUAAUUAUAUAUAUAUAUAUGUGUUUGGAUUUGUAUAUGUAGCAAGUGUCGUUUAUUGUGAAAAAUGUGCCAGCCAGUGUGAUUUCCAGUGAUUGCAAACUAAACAAAGCAAUCGGAAAAGCGACAGAAAAACUCGCCGCGUAGAAAGCUGCACACAGUUGAGAAGAGGCAGCAGCAAACAAAAAAAAGAAGUAAAAAAUUCCAAGCACCACAUGAAAAUCAAUAAUUUUCGGAUUAGUAGCUGUUGUUGGUAUUUCGGCAAAAAGGAUUCAAAACAAACCUGUCGCAGCUACAGCAACAACAAUGUAUUGAAUAGCCGAAUGAUAAACAUUAAGGGUGUUCCCAUAUAAAAACCCCAAAACGAAUGCGAGAGGGGAAAUAAAAACAAACUCAAUGAAUAAUUCAGGUGCAACGCGUAAAACCAGCAAUUAAAACGACAAAAAACGAAAGAGGCCACGCGGCGUUCAAUUUAAUAAUUAACUCCAAACAAACAACAACAAAGACUACAGCAGCAACAACAACAACAGCAACAACAACAACAGCAGCUCAACGCGUGCCCCCAACCAAAAUGGCGGCACGACGUUGCCCGUUGGCGCCCCCAAUGCGAGGACUCCAACCGCAAAGGCAACGUAUGACCAGCAUCCCGUUACCCGCCACCAGGUGCAUAACUCACAUGCUGCUGCUGUCCAUGUUGCUGUUGCACCUGAGCAAUAUUGGCUUGGCGACAGCAACUGGCGAACAGCAGGCGGCCAGCUAUGCUGGACUUAGUGCCGAAAAUGCAGCCAGAAUGCUGGCGGGCAGUCCCGGCGAGGCGGAGGCCAAUGCUCAACAUGGUGGCAACGGGCACAGCGAGAUGUCGCUGGUGUUGCCCCAUGAUACCUAUCCGGGCUUUAGCAUCAAGAAAUUCAAGACGCGUCCGCUGCAGCAGCCCAACGGCACAGCAGCUCAUCAUAGAGGAGCAGGAGGAGCUGGUGCUGCUGCCUAUCACAUGCUGGACAGCGACUAUUCCAAGUACUUCACCGUGCUGGACGAUGGCGUUGUGAUGACCACAGCGGACAUAUCGCCGCUGGUGAAUCGACCUGUACAACUGGUGGUCGUCGAGCAGACACCGAAUGCGACCAAUACGCAUAAUCUGCAGCUAUUUGUCAUGCAUCGCAAGGAUAUGUUGCGCUUCUCUGGCUCCCUGCUGGAUGCCAGCGGCGAGGUGCGCGAAAAUCAUCCGGCGGGCACACGUGUGCGUGGCGUGCCCCUCAUGCAGGCAUUCAGCGGAUCCAUAUUGGAUGAGGAACUGGCACAGCCGAAGAAGGUGCGCUACACCAUCAUCGAUGGCAAUGUGGAUGAUGCCUUUGCGCUCCAGGAACGUCGCGCCAAUCAGAAUGUUCAGCUGAAUGCCAAAUCGUUGGUCAUCGAGGGCGACGAUGAGUCGGGCGUGUGGCUGGUCACGAAUCGUCCAUUGGAUCGCGAAGAGCGCUCGCACUAUGAUCUCUCCGUGGAGGCCUCCGAUGUCGAUGGCCUGGACAAGACAGUGUCUAAGAUACAAAUCACAGUGCUAGAUGAGAACGACAAUCGGCCCGUGUUCAAGUCGCAGGACUACAAGUUUGCCAUUGCCGGCAAGAAGUCGCUAAAUAGUGACAGCAACAACAGUGUCAGCUGGCAGCGCUUUGCCAUCUUGGGCCGCGUCGAGGCCACCGAUGCCGAUGGCGACAAGAUUGCCUAUCGCCUGAAAUCGCCCAGCAAUGUGGUCAUCAUUGUGCCACAGACGGGCGAGCUAAUGCUCGCCGGCGAGCCGACCACCAAUGAGCUGCUGCUCGAGGUAAUUGCCCAUGAUCUACGCUAUCCCAGUCUGUUGAGCGCCCAGCCGGCCAAGGUGUUGUUGGAGUUUCUGGCACCCGAGCCGGUGUCAUUUAUAAUGCAGCACCUGGAGCACGAUGCGGUCAACGAGCAUUCGCAUCAUCGGGAGAAGCGACGCGUUACGCGCGCUGUGCGACCCACCAAACGUAUCGAGUUCACCGAGGCCGAUGGCGACACCGAAGGCAAAUCCGUUUUUCAGCUGGAGAAGGAAACGGAUAAGGAAACGUUCAAAAUACGCGACGAUAAUCCCUGGGUGACGGUCGAAACAAAUGGAGCGGUGCGCGUGAAGAAGAAGUGGGACUUUGAAGAGCUUGGACCGGAUAAGACUAUCGAUUUCUGGGUCAUCAUCACGAACAUGGGACACAAUGCUGGCAUCAAGUAUACGGACAACCAGCGCGUAAUUAUCCUGGUAAAGGAUGUUAAUGACGAGCCGCCCUACUUCAUCAAUCGACCGCUGCCGAUGCAGGCGGUGGUUCAGCUAAAUGCACCGCCCAAUACGCCAGUAUUUACGCUGCAGGCACGCGAUCCGGACACGGAUCAUAAUAUACAUUAUUUCAUAGUGCGCGAUCGCACGGGCGGACGUUUCGAAGUGGACGAACGUUCGGGCGUGGUGCGCACCCGGGGCACAGAUCUCUUCCAGCUGGACAUGGAAUAUGUGCUGUAUGUGAAGGCGGAGGAUCAAAAUGGCAAGGUGGAUGAUCGUCGAUUCCAAAGUACGCCCGAGGAACGUCUAUCGAUUGUGGGCGGCAAACGGGCGCCACAAUUCUAUAUGCCCGGCUACGAGGCCGAGAUACCCGAGAAUCAGAAAAAGGACUCCGACAUCAUUUCGGUUAAGGCCAAAUCCUUUGCGGACCGUGAAAUACGCUAUACGCUGAAGGCGCAGGGACAGGGCGCCGGCACCUUUAACAUCGGACCCUCAUCGGGCAUUGUCAAGCUGGCAAAGGAGCUGGACUUUGAGGACCUGCGACAGCCGCAUGUCUAUACACUGAUUGUGACAGCCACCGAGGAUUCCGGCGGCUUCUCCACAUCCGUUGAGCUCACCAUACGCGUCACGGAUGUCAAUGACAAUGCGCCCAAGUUUGAGCUGCCCGAUUAUCAGGCGCACAAUGUGGACGAGGAUAUACCGCUGGGCACCAGCAUAUUGCGCGUUAAGGCCAUGGAUGCCGAUUCGGGCGCCAAUGCUGAGAUUGAGUAUCUUGUCUCGGAUGAUCAUUUUGCUGUCGACUCCAAUGGCAUCAUUGUGAACAACAAGCAGCUCGAUGCGGACAACAACAAUGCAUACUAUGAGUUUAUUGUCACCGCCAAGGAUAAGGGUGAGCCGGCCAAGUCGGGCACCGCAACCGUGCGUGUCUAUACCAAGAACAAGAACGACGAGGAGCCCAAGUUCUCACAACAGGUGUACACGCCCAAUGUGGAUGAGAAUGCCGGUCCGAAUACUUUGGUUACCACUGUGGUCGCCUCCGAUAAGGAUGGCGAUAAUGUGCGCUUCGGUUUCGUUGGCGGCGGCACCUCCUCCGGCCAGUUUGUCAUCGAGGACAUUACGGGUGUCAUACGGCUGCAUAACAAGGCCAUCUCACUGGAUCGCGACAAGUACGAGCUGAAUGUGACCGCCAUGGAUGAUGGUUCCUGUUGUGUCAACGGCGAUCAGACCAUACACACCUCAACGGCUGUUGUUGUCGUCUUUAUCACCGAUGUCAAUGAUAAUAAGCCGGUGUUUAAGGAUUGCGGUACCUACUAUCCCAAGGUGGAGGAAGGUGCGCCCAAUGGCAGUCCAGUCAUUAAGGUUGUGGCCACCGAUGAGGACAAGGGCGUCAAUGGACAGGUUAAAUACUCGAUUGUACAGCAACCGAAUCAAAAGGGCACCAAAUUCACAGUGGACGAGGAAACUGGCGAAGUGUCCACCAACAAAGUGUUCGAUCGUGAGGGCGACGAUGGUAAAUUCGUCUCCGUGACGGUAAAGGCAACUGAUCAGGGAGAUCCCAGCUUAGAGGGUGUCUGUUCUUUUACCGUGGAGAUAACCGAUGUCAAUGAUAAUCCGCCACUAUUCGAUCGUCAGAAAUAUGUGGAGAAUGUUAAACAGGACGCCAGCAUUGGCACCAACAUACUGCGUGUCUCGGCCUCCGAUGAGGAUGCGGACAAUAAUGGCGCCAUUGUUUAUAGCCUGAGCGCGCCCUUCAACCCCAACGAUCUGGAAUAUUUCGAUAUACAAGCCGAAUCUGGUUGGAUAGUGCUCAAGAAGCCGCUUGACGGUUGUUAUCCUCGCGAUCGUUAUCGCCUGCGCGUGCGCGCCUCAGAUCGUGGCGACCCGCCCUCAUAUGCCGAUGUCGAUGUUGAGUUAGAUGUCGUCGAUCGCAAUAAUAAGCCGCCCAUUUGGGAUAAGAGCAUUUAUGGGCCGAUCCAUAUUCGCGAGAAUGUAACUGUGGGUACGGUUGUAACAUCGGUUAAGGCAAGUUCGGGCAUUGAGGGCAAUCCGACGGUUUUCUAUAGAUUAAUGCCUGGGUCAACGGCACAGACGAACAAGUUUCAUACGUUCUAUCUGCAACAGAGACCGGACAAUGGUGACACCUGGGCCGAUAUAAAGGUCAAUCAUCCGCUGGACUAUGAGAGCAUCAAGGAAUACAAUUUAACCAUACGUGUGGAGAACAACGGUGCCCAGCAAUUGGCAUCGGAAGCGACCGUUUACAUAAUGCUCGAGGAUGUUAAUGACGAAAUACCGCUAUUCACCGAACGCGAACAGGAAACGGUGCUGGAGGGCGAACCGAUUGGCACCAAAGUGACACAAGUGAAUGCCAUUGACAAGGAUGGCACAUUCCCAAAUAAUCAGGUCUACUACUACAUCGUCGACUCGCCACGUAACGAGGGCAAAGAAUUUUUUGAAAUUAAUUUGCAAAGCGGCGAAAUCUUCACCAAAACCGUGUUCGACAGGGAGAAGAAGGGCGCCUACGCCCUCGAGGUAGAGGCACGCGAUGGUGCGCCCUCUGCGCGGCCGAACAGCAAUGGACCCAAUUCAGUCACCAAAUUCAUACGCAUUGGCAUUGCUGAUAAGAACGAUAAUCCACCCUAUUUCGACAAAUCGCUCUACGAGGCGGAAGUGGACGAGAAUGAGGAUAUACAGCACACAGUGCUUACAGUCACGGCCAAGGAUCACGAUGAAUCCUCACGUAUACGCUAUGAAAUCACCAGCGGCAACAUUGGCGGCGCUUUUGCUGUUAAAAAUAUGACGGGUGCCAUUUAUGUGGCCGGCGCUUUGGACUACGAGACGCGACGCAGGUAUGAGCUGCGUUUGGCUGCCUCCGAUAAUUUAAAGGAAAACUAUACGACGGUCAUCAUUCAUGUCAAGGAUGUUAAUGACAAUCCGCCCGUGUUUGAGCGACCCACAUAUCGCACACAAAUUACCGAAGAGGAUGAUCGCAAUUUGCCCAAGCGUGUUUUGCAGGUCACCGCCACGGAUGGCGACAAGGAUCGUCCGCAGAAUAUUGUUUAUUUUCUAACUGGCCAAGGCAUAGAUCCCGAUAAUCCAGCCAAUAGCAAAUUCGACAUUAAUCGCACAACGGGCGAAAUAUUCGUACUUAAGCCGCUGGAUCGCGAUCAACCGAACGGACGACCACAGUGGCGUUUCACCGUCUUUGCUCAGGAUGAGGGCGGCGAGGGUCUUGUGGGCUAUGCGGAUGUUCAGGUUAAUCUGAAGGAUAUCAACGACAAUGCGCCCAUUUUCCCGCAGGGUGUUUACUUUGGCAACGUUACAGAAAAUGGCACCGCCGGCAUGGUGGUCAUGACCAUGACAGCUGUCGACUAUGACGAUCCCAAUGAGGGUUCGAAUGCGCGUCUGGUCUACUCGAUCGAAAAGAAUGUGAUUGAGGAGGAGACGGGUUCACCCAUUUUUGAAAUAGAACCAGACACUGGCGUAAUAAAGACAGCUGUUUGUUGUUUGGAUCGUGAGCGUACGCCGGAUUAUUCGAUACAAGUGGUUGCCAUGGAUGGCGGGGGGUUAAAGGGCACGGGCACGGCGUCUAUACGUGUCAAGGAUAUUAAUGACAUGCCGCCGCAGUUCACCAAGGACGAAUGGUUCACAGAAGUGGAUGAAACGGAUGGCACCGCCCUGCCCGAAAUGCCCAUACUGACAGUCACAGUACACGACGAGGACGAAACGAACAAGUUCCAAUACAAAGUUAUCGAUAACAGCGGCUACGGCGCCGAUAAGUUUACAAUGGUGCGCAACAAUGAUGGCACCGGCUCACUAAAGAUUGUCCAGCCGCUGGACUAUGAGGAUCAGCUGCAGAGCAACGGCUUCCGCUUUCGCAUACAGGUGAACGAUAAGGGCGAGGAUAAUGAUAACGAUAAAUAUCAUGUGGCCUACUCCUGGGUGGUGGUCAAGCUGCGCGAUAUUAACGAUAACAAGCCGCACUUUGAGCGCGCCAACGUUGAGGUGUCCGUGUUCGAGGACACCAAAGUGGGCACCGAGCUGGAGAAGUUCAAGGCCACCGAUCCGGAUCAGGGCGGCAAGAGCAAGGUCUCCUAUUCGAUAGAUCGCUCCUCGGAUCGCCAGCGUCAGUUUGCCAUCAAUCAGAAUGGUUCGGUCACUAUACAGCGUUCGCUGGAUCGUGAGGUUGUGCCGCGGCAUCAGGUCAAGAUUUUGGCCAUCGACGAUGGCUCACCACCGAAAACAGCAACAGCUACGCUGACGGUUAUUGUGCAGGAUAUCAAUGACAAUGCGCCCAAGUUCCUCAAAGAUUACAGACCCGUGCUGCCGGAGCAUGUGCCGCCACGUAAAGUUGUCGAAAUUCUGGCCACCGAUGACGAUGAUCGCUCCAAGAGCAAUGGCCCACCCUUCCAGUUCCGCCUGGAUCCCAGCGCUGAUGAUAUUAUACGCGCCUCCUUCAAGGUUGAACAGGAUCAAAAGGGUGCCAAUGGUGAUGGCAUGGCGGUUAUCUCAUCACUGCGCUCCUUUGAUCGAGAGCAGCAGAAGGAGUACAUGAUACCCAUUGUGAUCAAGGAUCAUGGCUCGCCGGCAAUGACUGGCACUAGUACGCUGACGGUGAUCAUUGGCGAUGUGAACGACAACAAGAUGCAGCCGGGCUCGAAGGAUAUAUUCGUGUACAACUAUCAGGGACAGUCGCCGGAUACGCCAAUUGGCCGCGUCUAUGUUUACGAUCUGGACGAUUGGGAUUUGCCCGACAAGAAGUUCUAUUGGGAGGCGCAGGAGCAUCCACGCUUCAAGCUGGACGAGGACUCUGGCAUGGUGACAAUGCGCGCAGGCACACGCGAGGGUCGCUACCAUCUGCGCUUCAAGGUCUACGAUCGGAAGCACACCCAGACGGAUGUGCCGGCCAAUGUGACCGUUAUGGUGCGUGAGAUACCACACGAGGCGGUCAUCAAUUCGGGUUCGGUGCGUCUUUCGGGCAUUUCCGAUGAGGAUUUCAUACGCGUAUGGAAUUAUCGCACACAGAGCCUGAGUCGCUCCAAGCUGGAUCGUUUUAGGGAUAAAUUGGCGGAUCUAUUGAAUACGGAACGCGAGAAUGUCGAUAUAUUUAGCGUGCAGCUAAAGCGUCGCAACCCACCGCUGACCGAUGUACGCUUCUCGGCGCACGGCUCACCCUAUUACAAGCCAGUCCGACUCAAUGGCAUUGUGCUGAUGCAUCGCGAGGAGAUCGAAAAAGAUGUGGGCAUCAAUAUCACCAUGGUUGGCAUCGAUGAGUGCCUGUACGAGAAUCAAAUGUGCGAGGGCAGCUGUACCAAUGCCCUCGAGAUUAGCCCCCUGCCCUAUAUGGUGAAUGCGAACAAGACGGCGCUGGUGGGCGUGCGCGUCGACACCUUGGCCGAUUGCACCUGUGGUGCACGCAAUUUCACCAAGCCCGAGUCCUGCCGUACCACGCCCUGUCACAACGGCGGCCGUUGUGUGGACACACGUUUCGGACCGCACUGCUCUUGCCCGGCGGGCUAUACGGGUCCGCGCUGCCAGCAGACAACUCGCAGCUUCCGCGGCAACGGCUGGGCCUGGUAUCCACCGUUGGAGAUGUGCGACGAGUCCCAUCUGAGUCUCGAGUUUAUAACACGCAAGCCGGACGGCUUGAUUAUCUACAAUGGACCCAUUGUGCCGCCCGAGCGCGAUGAGAUGCUCAUCUCAGAUUUUGUGGCACUGGAGCUGGAACGCGGCUAUCCCCGGCUGCUGAUAGACUUUGGCUCGGGCACACUGGAGCUGCGCGUGAAGACCAAGAAAACGCUGGACGACGGCGAAUGGCAUCGCAUUGAUUUGUUCUGGGAUACGGAGAGUGUGCGCAUGGUUGUUGACUUUUGCAAAUCGGCCGAGAUUAGCGAAAUGGAGGACGGCACUCCGCCCGAAUUCGAUGAUACCUCGUGUCAGGCACGCGGCCAGAUACCGCCCUUCAAUGAGUACUUGAAUGUGAACGCACCACUGCAGGUGGGCGGCCUCUAUCGGGAGCAGUUCGAGCAAUCUCUCUACUUCUGGCACUAUAUGCCCACGGCGAAGGGCUUCGAUGGCUGCAUACGCAAUCUGGUGCACAACUCCAAGCUGUAUGAUCUGGCCCAUCCGGGCCUGUCGCGCAACAGCGUCGCCGGCUGCCCACAGACGGAGGAGGUGUGCGCCCAAACGGAGGCAACGGCACGCUGCUGGGAGCAUGGCAAUUGCGUUGGCUCCCUUUCGGAGGCACGCUGCCAUUGCCGACCCGGCUGGACGGGCCCCGCAUGCAAUAUACCCACUGUACCCACCACCUUUAAGGCGCAGAGCUAUGUCAAAUAUGCUCUAAGCUUUGAGCCCGACCGCUUUAGCACACAGGUGCAGCUGCGUUUCCGUACACGCGAGGAGCACGGCGAACUGUUUCGGGUUAGCGAUCAGCACAAUCGCGAAUACGGCAUAUUGGAGAUAAAGGAUGCACGUCUGCAUUUCCGCUACAAUUUGAACUCGCUGCGCACCGAGGAGAAGGAUCUGUGGCUCAAUUCGGUGGCCGUCAACGAUGGCCAAUGGCAUGUGGUGCGCAUCAAUCGUUAUGGCUCGGCGGCCACCUUGGAGCUGGAUGGCGGCGAGGGCAGGCGUUACAAUGAGACGUUCGAGUUUGUGGGGCAUCAGUGGCUGUUGGUCGACAAACAGGAGGGUGUCUAUGCGGGCGGCAAGGCCGAAUAUACGGGCGUGCGCACAUUUGAAGUGUAUGCGGACUAUCAGAAGAGCUGUCUAGAUGAUAUACGUCUGGAGGGCAAACACCUGCCCCUGCCACCCGCCAUGAAUGGCACUCAGUGGGGCCAGGCAACAAUGGCACGUAAUUUGGAAAAGGGUUGCCCCUCCAACAAGCCCUGCUCGAAUGUCAUUUGUCCCGAUCCCUUCGAGUGUGUCGAUCUUUGGAAUGUCUAUGAGUGCACCUGUCCUGCGGGCUAUAAAGUCUCUGGCAGCAGUUGCGUCAAUGAGAACGAAUGCCUGCUUUUCCCCUGCCGCAAUGGGGGACGCUGUCGCGAUCAUCAGCCGCCCAAGAAGUAUGAAUGCCAUUGUCCUUUGGGCUUCACCGGUAUGCAUUGUGAACUGGAGUUAUUGGCCUCGGGGGUGUUGACACCAUCCCGUGAUUUUAUUAUUGCCCUGGUCCUCUGCCUCAGCACGCUGAUACUACUCGUUCUGGUAUUUGUGGUCUACAAUCGACGCCGUGAGGCGCAUAUCAAAUAUCCCGGACCCGACGAUGAUGUGCGCGAGAAUAUUAUCAAUUACGAUGAUGAGGGCGGCGGCGAGGACGAUAUGACCGCCUUUGAUAUAACGCCAUUGCAGAUACCAAUUGGUGGGCCAAUGCCGCCUGAAUUGGCGCCCAUGAAAAUGCCAAUUAUGUAUCCCGUGAUGACGCUUAUGCCCGGCCAGGAGCCCAAUGUAGGCAUGUUCAUCGAGGAGCAUAAAAAGCGAGCCGAUGGCGAUCCGAAUGCGCCACCCUUCGAUGAUUUGCGCAAUUAUGCGUACGAGGGCGGCGGCAGCACAGCCGGUUCGCUUAGCUCAUUGGCCUCAGGCACCGAUGAUGAGCAGCAGGAAUACGACUACCUCGGAGCCUGGGGUCCGCGUUUCGAUAAGCUGGCCAACAUGUAUGGCCCGGAGGCGCCCAAUCCGCAUAACACCGAGCUCGAAUUGUAAGUUUCCAGCCAAAAAGAAAACAAAGAGAAGAAACGAAAAGCCCGAAACUGUAAACGCAGUUAAGUAGCCACAAAAGUUGCAUUUAAAAAUUCUACACGACCGUGGAGGUUAGGCAAAAAUCAUCGUAAACGAUUUUCCCGCUAACUCAAACACAAAGAAGCGCAACCAAAGAAGCAUGGCAAAACCCUAAGUUAGUGGAAAAAUAGAGAAAAAACAAAAACAAAAAGCGAAAAAACAUGAAAAAGGAAAAAAAAACCUAUAAAACUAAACACAUUUGACACGUAAAAUGACAUUUGUAAAAAAUACUUCAUCAGCAUUUAAAUUUAAUAAUUAUUCUAAUUAAUUUAGUGUGAAGAGAACGCAAAAAAAAAUAAAAACGAAAUUCAAAUUUGCGUGACAAUUUUUUCGCAACAUUUUUAAGAAAGGAAUACGAAAACCUAGAGUAUUGAGCAAGGAGCGAGAGCAUACCAAAGUUUAGAUUAGGCGCGUGCAUGAAUUUCCAUUUUCCAUUUUGAUUAUACCGAAGUGAAAAUGGAAAAGAAAUUGAAUAUAUUUGUUGUGCAUAUUAAUUUUAAUUUUGCGAUAAAUGUAAUUAUUAUUCUCUUAAGUUCAACAUUCUUAAGUACUUUAUGUUUGGCAAGUCAUUUAGGCCAAGCUAAAUACGUUUAGUUUAUUUUUAAAUUUACACAUAAAUUGAUUUAAACGAGUAUUAUAUUAUUUUGAUUUCGUAUUAAUUUUUAAGAUUUAAACUUAAAGAACAUAAUUAAACUUUAUAUAAAUGAAUA